GUGUCGGCCUACAUGUUGGAGCUGUACAACGACCAGCUGCAGGACCUCCUGGCGCCGCCGGCUGCAGACGGCGCGGGGGGGGGGCGGCGGGUGGAGAUCAAGAGGACCAGGAGGGGGGUCGUGUUUGCUCAGGGCGCCGAGACCAGAGAGGCCUCCAGCGCCCAGGAGCUGUACGCCUUGUUCCAGCAGGCCAGCGCCCAGCGCCACAUCUCCGCCACCAAGAUGAACGUGGAGAGCUCCCGGUCCCAUCUCAUCGUGUGCGUCCUGGUGGAGAGCCGGAACCUGACCAACGGCAGCCUGAGCACCGGGAAGCUGAGCCUGGUGGACCUGGACGGCAGCGAGAGGGCCGCCAAGACCGGCGCCAAGGACCACCAGCUGAGGGAGGCAAACUCCAUCAACAAGUCUCUGAGCGCCCUGGGGGACGUGAUCUCAGCGCUGUCUGCAGAGCUACCACACGUCCCGUACAGGAACAGCAAGCUCACACAGGUGAUGCAGGACUCACUCGGCGGGGACGCCAAGACGCUGAUGAUCGUCACCGUGUCUCCGUCGGAGACCAGCCUGGACGAGACGCUCACGUCUCUCGUGUAAGAACCAGAUCCACGUUUUUAUUAAGGACCAGAUCCACGUUUCCUCCCUCUGAACGCCGACUAACACCUAGUUAGGUUUCUAACAGCAGCCUCACCUUCCCAGGUACGCCACCAGAGCGAAGA